AUCCUCACCCCAUGGGCAGCACUGGAGCCAUGGGGAUGCCUGGGGCACAGCCUGGCAGAAAGCACUGUCCCUUGGAAGCAGCCUUAGCUGGGUGCCAGGGACUGGCCCGUGCCCACCCUGGGGACAUACCCUGCCCGUCACUCCUCGGGGAAGCCGCACUGGCCGAUUCCUUCGCUAUGGGGCUGUUCCAGUACCAGUGUGCCCAGGUUAUCACCAAGAUAUCUGGCUGUAGCCGGCACUGCAGCAGGUGCCCUCCCGGCUGGGCAGCCCUGGCUUUGCUGCUUCCGUGUCUGCAGCAGCCACCUGGAUCCAUCCAAGGCGUGGGAAGCAGGAGCACAACCCAGCUCAGUGGCUGGUAGGGCUCGCUCUGCCCCGCUCCUGCCCCGUCAGGGUGGCUGGCCCCGUGGCAGAACGGCGAGGAGAGCAGCCAGGCCCUGCCGGGGCUUUCCCAAAAAAGGUCUGAACUCUUCAGUUGAGUUUGCCACUUCCCUUACCACUCCCUUUCCUGUGAGAGGAUGUGUUCGGCCGCUUUUCUUUUCUCUUUCUCUCUUCUUUUCUCUCCCGUCUCCCUGCCCUCAGACCCGGCGGUCCUGGUGAUGCCUCGCACCCCCUGAGCCGGCCAGGGUCACCCUGGCUGGCACCCGCCGCCGCCGCGCGAUGGCCAGGCUGCAGGCUCUGUCCAGGAGGCGGCAGGGACAUUAGCUGGGAGGUCUCGGAGGCACGGCUCACCCACGGGCUGGGAGGAGCGGAGAGCAGCAGAAGAGCCCCUGAAGCACGACCCAAUCCCGUCCACCGUGUAUGAGGCUGGGACGCAGUACGCAGGACCCGCGUCCGCAGAGACACCCCUUCCGAUGUCCCGGCAUGAGACUUCUCCGACAACGGUGCAACCCGCCAGCAACCACCGCCCCAACGCCUGCUGCUUCUGCUGGUGCUGCUGCUGCAGUUGCUCAUGGAACGAGGACCGGGAGCGAGCGUGGAGGGCGUCCCGGGAGACCAAACUGGAGACCAUCCCAAACUGUGAAGCGUGCGCCAAACCCACGCCGGAGGAGGUGCGGGGCUGGGCACAGUCCUUCGACAAGCUGAUGAAGAGCCCGGCGGGUCGCAACAUCUUCCGGGAGUUCUUGCGGACUGAGUACAGCGAGGAGAACAUGCUCUUCUGGCUAGCGUGCGAGGAGCUCAAAAAUGAGUGCAACAAGCACACCAUCGAUGAGAAGGCCAGGAUGAUCUACGAGGACUACAUCUCCAUCCUCUCGCCCAAGGAGGUGAGCCUGGACUCGCGGGUGCGGGAGGUCAUCAACCGGAAGAUGCAGGAGCCGUCCUCGCACACCUUCGAUGAUGCGCAGCUCCAGAUCUACACGCUUAUGCACAGAGACUCCUACCCUCGCUUCCUGAACUCUGCCAUAUACAGAUCGCUGCUCCAGAGCGUCUCCCGCUCCUCCUCGGAGUCCUAAGGGCACCCGCCGGCCACGGGGACGCCAGUGGGGACGUGGCGGCCGGAGGGGCUUGUUGCCUCCUCCCCUCCACCGCCCUCCCUGCCAGCCCCCCCCAAGUUUUUAGCUUUUUACCUAUGAACCGUCACCCUGGUU